AUGGCCCUGGCCCUUGGGAACAUCUUGCCCUCUGAGUAUAUCAUUCUGAGCAAGUCAGAAUCAGUUCUCAUCUGCACUUUUUUUAUUACAGCAGGCUGUCCAGACUCCUUGAUUAAAGAGCUGCAUCACUUCAGAAUUCUUGGAGAGGAGCAGUACAAUCGCUAUCAAUCCUAUGGCGCAGAAGAAUACGUUCUGCAGAUGGGUGGUGUUUUGUGUCCCACUCCAGGAUGUGGAGCUGGCCUGCUUCCUGAAUCAGAAAUGAGGAAAAUAGUGUGUGAGCCAAGAAAUGGACUGGGUUGUGGGUUUGUGUUCUGCCGUGAAUGUAAAGAAGAAUACCAUGAAGGUGAAUGCCAUAGCUUCUCCAAAUGUCCAGGAGCCACAGCUCAAAUGGGAUUUGAAAUUGAUGAGCAUGCAGCUGUGCAAGCUCGAUGGGAAGGUGCAUCCAAAGAAACAAUAAAAAGAACAACAAAGCCGUGCCCUAAAUGCCAUGUUCCAGUAGAAAAAGAUGGUGGAUGUAUGCAUAUGAAAUGUCCUCAAUCUCAGUGUAAAUUUGAAUGGUGUUGGAAGUGUAGCCUUGAAUGGAACAGAACUUGCAUGGGAGAUCAUUGGUUUGACUGAUCCUUAAGUAAUCCUAUAAACAACCAAGAAAUGAUAUGAUAAUAUGCUGGUGAAACCAAAUAUUGGGGCACAACUACAGUUGUUUCAAACAAUAUCAGAUUCUAAAGAUCUUGCUCAAGGUAUGAAUUUCUCAUGAGAAUUAGUUGUGGGCGCCACACAUCAGUAUGUAUAUUCAGAUGGUCACACCUAUAUCCAACAUAGCAUUUUAAAAAAAGUAAUCAGAAGAAUCAGGCUAUCAUUUGUUAGCUAUCAAGACAACUCUGUAAUGGUGCCUCCUCCCUUGAAAAUUAGGACGUGUCCUCUGCCUGUUUCUCUUUGUAAUUAAGUUAACCUUUGAUUUGAACAUUUAUUAUCUAUUAUUGGCAAAAUAAAGAUCUAUACAAAACUGGGCCUCUCAAAAUUGUUCAAACUAUUAUGGUUUAUAUUUAUCAGCAAUUCAGUUUGUGGCUUUGUGUUUGAAGCUUUAGAAUUGUUAAAUUUUAAAUUACAUAAGAAUAAUCAAAAGUGCAGUUUCAGCUAAACAAUAUAUUACACAACUUGCCUUCUAAAAUCUGAACUUUUAUAGUACAAUAUUCUAUAGUGACUCAUUUUUUUACUGGACUGAUUUCCAGGCCUAAGUCACAAAUAAAAGUAUAGAUGUUGGUUUUCUUCUUUUGACCCAGUUUUGACCCAGUUAACAUGAUUUCCCCUUUUGGUUUGUACAUUCCUAGCAGAUGCUAGAAGAGGUUGGCUAAUGUAUACAUUGGAGACUUAUGCAAAUCUUUUCUAAGUCAACAUCAAUUUGAGUUCUGUGAUAUUUUUGUCUGACCCAAUAGAAAUAUUUACAGUUCUACUAGUUACUCAAAAUGGUUAUAAAACAGAUUGAUUUUGAUUGAUUUUUUUAUUGAUUUGAUUUUUAGCAUUAUAUUUUUACAAGUCUUUGGUUGACGCUAUGCCAUUAUUAUAAAAGAUCUUGCUAUAAGUUUCAUCCACAAUAAAAGUUCUGGUGUUUUCAUGUU